AAAAAUUGGAUAUCUUACAUUUUGCGAGAGAGAAAAGAAGUGGGCGAAUAAAGACGAGAUUAUGGGCCAAAUUCAUGGGGUGUUGUACAAGAACACGAUACGAUGAUACAACCCAAAAGUCAAAUCUCUGAUUUUCGCUGCAAAUUUAUUUUCUGAUACCCCCACAAUUCAAUUCUCGUUUCGAAAACAAAACCCAAUCCAACACUCCCCCAUCUCUCUCUAUAUCUAUCUAUAUAUAUAUGUAUGCACACAAACACUGAUACAUACAUACAUUCUUGAUACUUAAAACAACCCACCAUGGCAGCUUGGAACUCAUUUCAUCUGGAGAUCUUGUACACUGUGUUUGGUUGGGUUGCUUUUGUUUCUUGGUCCAUCAGCUUCUACCCUCAAGUUUUCUUGAAUUUUCGAAGAAAAAGUGUUGUGGGCUUGAAUUUUGAUUUUGUGGUGCUUAAUUUGACUAAGCAUUCUACCUAUCUUAUAUACAAUGCUUCUCUGUUCUUUAGUACUACUAUUCAGGAGCAGUAUCGUCGCAAGUAUGGCCGUGAUGAGCUGAUACCGGUUGCUGCAAAUGAUGUAGCUUUCUCGAUCCAUGCUGUGUUACUCACCGUGAUUACUUUAUUCCAAAUUGCAAUAUAUGAUAGGGGACUCCAAAAGGUGUCAAAGAUUUGUCUUGGAAUAGUUUCUGCUGCUUGGUUGGGUGCUAUUAUUUGUGUGUUCAUAGCUUUACCACAUCAUUCCUGGCUCUGGCUGAUAUCCUGUUUCAGCACAAUACAAGUGAUCAUGACUGUUGUCAAAUAUAUUCCGCAGGCAAUUAUGAACUUCCGUCGCAAGAGCACUAUUGGAUUUAGCAUUGGCAAUAUAUUGCUUGAUUUACUUGGAGGAUUGACCAAUUAUGGGCAGAUGGCUGUGCAAUCUAUAGAUCAAAAUUCAUGGGUGAACUUUUACGGAAAUAUAGGGAAGACAUUGCUAUCUUUGGUCUCUAUCUUCUUUGACAUUCUCUUCAUCGUGCAACAUUAUGUGCUGUAUCCAGAGAAGAGACGUGCAAAGUCUCCAACUGUUGAUGUGGUAAGCAAGGAGCCGCUUAUUGAAUCUUCUGAGAACCCACACACAGAAGAUGUGUAGUGUUAUGUUAGUUCUGUAUAUAUCUUAUGCUGCAGGUUCAUAAAUAUUUUUAUUUAAACCAGCCAAACUGUGGUUGUUCUGGUUCUGUAUGGCGAGAUGCCACAAAUACAUAACUAAAAAGAAUCUGGGUACAUGCAUUUAUUAGAUGUAACACGACACAUCUGUAUAGCAGUAAACUUGCAGAUACUGUGUAUAUAUAAAAUAAUUACAUUUUAUA